CAUAAGCAUGUGAACGGUUUGUGCAGGUGCCAGUUUUCAGGCCUAUGGAUCUCAUGGUGGAGGCCAGUCCACGAAGGGUCUUUGCCAACGCUCACACCUACCACAUCAACUCCAUCUCGGUCAACAGCGACAACGAGACCUAUCUGUCUGCAGACGACCUGCGCAUUAACUUGUGGCACUUAGAGAUCACAGACCGCAGUUUCAACAUUGUGGACAUUAAACCAGCCAACAUGGAGGACUUAACGGAGGUGAUCACGGCCGCAGAGUUUCACCCUCACCAAUGUAACACGUUUGUCUACAGCAGCAGCAAAGGCACCAUCCGCCUGUGUGACAUGCGUGCAUCAGCACUUUGUGACAAGCACUCUAAAUUGUUUGAGGAGCCUGAAGACCCCAGCAACCGCUCUUUCUUCUCUGAAAUCAUUUCCUCCAUCUCAGACGUCAAGUUCAGUCACAACGGCCGCUACAUGAUGACCCGAGACUACCUGUCUGUCAAAAUCUGGGACCUCAAUAUGGAAAAUCGACCCGUUGAGACAUACCAGGUUCAUGAGUACCUCAGGAGUAAGUUGUGCUCUCUUUAUGAGAACGACUGCAUCUUUGACAAAUUCGAGUGCUGCUGGAACGGAAACGACAGCGUGGUGAUGACUGGAUCAUACAACAACUUCUUCCGAAUGUUGGACCGCACCCAGCGGCGAGAUGUCACCCUGGAGGCUUCGCGCGAGAGCUGCAAGCCCCGGCAGGUCCUCAAGCCGCGCAGGGUUUGCGCAGGAGGCAAGCGGAAGAAGGACGAGAUCAGCGUGGACAGCCUGGACUUCAACAAGAAGAUCCUACACACCGCCUGGCACCCGCAGGAAAACAUCAUCGCAGUGGCAACCACCAACAACCUCUACAUCUUCCAGGAAAAAGUGAACUAAUGCUGUCGUCACGGGGAAAGAAAACCUCCGAACCUCUCUCGCUCUAUGUGAAACCAACACAAAAAAAAGUUGAACUAGCAAGAAUCAUUUCUGUGACAACCACCGUCAUCACAUAAACCAACCUUGGCCUACUCCAGGACAGGAUGAACUAGUUGAGCCAACUAGCGGCUGCCAAUACUGAGAUAACUGGUUCAAGCUGGUCUGGAGAAGAAGCGAAACCUGGCUUUGGCCUCUGUGGCACCAUGACAUGCGCCUUGCUCUGGUGAUGUUGUGCCAACCUGUGUCUGUACCCUCCAUCCCUUUUCCCCUUUACCCACAAGUCAGUCCGAGCCCAGGGACGAAAUGGGCAGCAAAGCUCUGACAGAUUUCAACCAUAGUUAUUUUUUUCUUUAUUUUUUUUCUUUCGUUUUUUUUUUUGGCUUCGGUUUCUUCAAGGUGUCUGUAUAAAAACUAAUUUGAACUCAUAUGGAUGUGUCCCUGUGUCCUUUAAUCCUUGAUGUUGUUUGUGCCAUUGUAACCGUUUUUUAAACUUCUCCGAGAAACUG